GCUCACACUGUGCUUUCUUUUUUGCUAGCUAUUUAAGGAUGCCGCCGCGUAGUUUUGAUAGACUCUUGGAACUGGUGGGGCCUAGAAUAAUAAAAGCGAAUACCAAGUUCCGCAAGGGUAUUCCGCCAGACCACCACCUAGCUUUGGCUGUGAGAUUUUUGCCAGCUGGCGAAACAAUAAGGACCUCGUCAUUUAAUUUCUUGGCAGGACGGUCGACCACCUGCAAGAUAAUUUCCGAGGUCUGUGAAGCAAUCUGGGAGGUCGUUGGCCCUGUUUAUGUAAAAUGUCCCUCAUCGGCAGCUGAGUGGCUCAAGGUUGCAAACGAGUUUGAAGAAAAGUGGAAUCUUCCUCAUUGUAUUGGGGCCAUUGAUGGCAAACACGUGGUCAUUGAGUGCCCUGCCAAAUCAGGAACCUUAAACAUGAACUACGAAAGUAGUUUCAGCAAGUCAUUGCUUGCGAUAAGUGAUGCAAGUUACAGGUUUCUGUAUAAUGAAAUUGGGCACUUCGGCAGCGAGUCUGAUGGUGGCGUGUUUGCACGCAGCAAGUUCAAGGAGUUGAUCUUGGCAAAACAAAUUGGAAUUCCCGAAGCCUCCGAGAUUGGCAGCAUUGGCAAGAUGCCCUAUUAUUUUGUUGGAGAUGAGGCUUUCCCUCUGAAGACCUUUAUGACGAGACCUUAUUCUCGCAAAAGUAAGUUACAACAGUCUUUUUAUGCCAUUUGUGCUGUGUGUUCUUGUAGUGGCACAUUGCUUUUCUGUAAUUGUCUUUACAUUAAGUUUAUCUUGUACAUUGUUACAGCCCUUCAACCGCUGUUUGCUGACACAUCUGAUGCAAGUGGUCAAGGCAUGCGGCAGCAACUGCCGCAUUGGAGGGACCGCUGA